AUGGAAGCCCGUCCCGCUUUCUCAAUUGAAAGAUCAAGUGCCCAACAGCUGAAUAACAUAGGAAUGUCUGGAGCUCUUCCUUCAUCGAUGUCUAUCCAUCCAACACCUCUAGAUGAGACAUACCCCAGAUUAUCUGAUUCGCAGCUGGCUUUUGUGGAAAAAGAUCUUAAGACAAGAACUUUUAAUCAUUCAAGUCAUAUAAGUUCCAGUGGAGCAGUUGGGCAUAUGUUUUCAUCUUCCCCUGGAUAUUCAACAGACCUUCAUCACUCAUCCCUUUCACCUCAUGAAAAACCCUCUAGAAAUGCUCAUUUUGUUGCACAGCCAUUGAGUAGCGUGGCUCCAAUGCCAUUACCGUAUUCUUCAAAUAAUGGACCAGUACCUUCUACCACAUCAACACCUUAUUCCAAUGGUAACAGUGCUUCAUGGCAUGCAGAUUCCUUGCCUAGCUUUCUUGAUUUCUCAGUGAAUGCCUCAAUUAAUAAUAAUCCAUUAGAGAGCAGUGACUGCAAUAUUAUGGCUACUGAGGAGUUUUCUAAGCGAAAUGAUUGGCAGGAGUGGGCUGACCAGCUAAUCAGUGACGACGAUACUUUGACUUCUAAUUGGAAUGAUAUUCUUGCUGAUAAUAUUCAAGAUCUUGAGCCAAAGGCGGUGGAUCCCAUUUCAAAGUCAUCUUCACAAUUUUCGGCAGGACACCAAUCCCAAGGCCAUCAACAACUUCCAGCUCUAUCUGGAGAAAACCAUGUUGGUGUUGCUCCAUCUUCCUCAACAAAUUCUGCAUCUGCCAAGCCACGGAUGCGUUGGACUCCUGAGCUUCACGAGGCAUUUGUGGAGGCUGUCAGCCAACUUGGUGGAAGUGAAAGAGCUACCCCUAAGGGUGUGCUGAAGCUCAUGAAAGUUGAAGGACUAACUAUAUAUCAUGUUAAAAGCCACUUACAAAAAUACAGGACAGCUAGAUAUAGACCAGAGUCAUCUGAAGGAGUUGGAGAGAAAAACGUAAGCCCCAUUGAAGAUAUUUCAUCUCUUGAUUUGAAAACUGGUAUUGAGAUCACAGAAGCUCUACGACUGCAAAUGGAGGUUCAGAAACGGUUGCAUGAACAGCUUGAGAUUCAAAGAAAUCUACAGCUGCGAAUAGAAGAGCAAGGCAGGUACCUCCAGAUGAUGUUCGAGAAACAGUGCAAAUCUGGUGUUGAACCUUUUAAGGCAUCAUCGUCGGCCAUUGAGAAUCCAUCUGGAGUGUCUUCUGAUACCAUAAAGGAUCCUUUUACCAAAAAUGAAUUGGAAGCAUCUAAAACCGACCAUUGCAAGUCAGGAUCUGAUAAAGCUAAUGGUAGUACCACAGUUGAGGAUAGCUCUCCGGAAGCAGGUCGGAAGCAGGAUACCUCCAAAGCCCAAGCUUCUGAAGAUCUUAAGCAAAAUGAUAAUGAAGACAGCCAUCAAGCCCCUAAGCGGCCAAGGACAGAUGAGUAA